AUGAACUCGCUCGCGCCAGGCAUGAAGAAUAUGAUAUCUGCUUUUGGGUUUGAAUGGAGAACAGCUCCAGGUGAAGCAGAAGCAGAGCUGGCUUUCCUCAACAGUACCGGGGUGAUCGAUGCGAUUCUUUCUGAUGACGUGGAUAAUUUCUUAUUCGGAGCUCGCGUUGUCAUUCGCAAUCCAUCUGGUAGUUUGACAGGAAAUCGUGGCUAUCCCGCUUUAAACCGUGAGGGCAAGGAUGAUGGAGUGCAUGUCAUGGUUUAUCGGAUGAACGACAUCGAGAAGGAUCCUGCGUGUAAACUUACUCGGGGCGGAAUGAUUCUUAUUGCAUUACUUAGCGGGGAGAUUAUGACCAAAUGCGGUCCAAAGACUGCGUUAGCGCUGGCUCAAUGUGGGUUGGGUGACGAACUUCUAGAUGCUUUUGAGACGCUCUCUCGUGAGCAAUUCAUCGACUAUAUUCCGAGUUGGAAAGCUGCGGUUGUUGAAGCUCUCCGUUCCGGUUGUGCUAAUUUAGAAGGUGGCGAAGGAGACGCGGAAGAUUCAGAAGAAGAAAGCCAAGAGGCUGCGAUGACGCAAGUCAAGCUUCAAACAUACCGGGAAGCCAGAACGGCAGGAAAGGCGGAAACAAAGGCAAAGGCAAGGUUACCAGCAAGGACUUCCACUAAAUCUACUUCGAGAUCGAAGAAAAAGCGGUCGGCACUGACUACCAAUUCUGUCGGUACAGGUGGACUGACCUCAGAUGUUCGUAUCGGCUGGACUGGUGAACUUGCAUUGGGUGCUCUAGGGAGAAUUUGCGAACAGUAUUUCGAGUGGGGGGUUCGUGAAAUCAUUCAGCAGCGGUUCCGUACUGUGCUUUGGCCUGCUGUUGUCUUGCGGGUACUUCGACGAUCUAUCAUGGAACAAGAGUGUACUCAUACAACCGCUCGAUCGCACGAUAGCACUCUGAGGCCUAGCACUCCGACUCGAGGCCACUCGAAACGUAUAGUCCCUGGAACGCCGCAGAAACUCGUCAAUCGUUAUUUUGGAGGUGAUUCAGACUCUGAGUCUGAUCAUGGAUUACCUCCCGCCCUGGUGAAGAAUAAAGGUGGUGAUACAACUCCAAGAGCUAAACGCCGGAUAUCGGUCGAAGGGGAGGAACUGGAUACUCAUCAACUCUUGCAAGCUGUGCGCGGGGAGAGGCACCAUGUAUCAACAGAUGGACUACACGAAUUGCGGGUGGAGAUCGCGCCUGGUCACUUGGCCCAUCUAGCUGUGCGUCAACUCUUAGGUACGCGUAACCCGGCCCUGUUGGCCGGAACGCUUUUCGAUCUGGAAGAAACCCCUACGAAGGAGGUUGACGAUGAGGAAGAAGUGGAUGAUGAAGAAGGAGGUAAAGAAAGCAAAGACGAUGGAAGUACCACGAAGAAAAAGUUAUCAUCCACCAAGCCUCAUUCCAAAGGGAAGGCAGUCUUGAAGGAGAAACCGAGUAAUAUGCUGACUACCCUGAGUGGAGACGAGCUGGAAGAGACUACUGCAUUACCCUGGGAUAUCAGGAACUCAUACCGUCAAAUCACGGCUCCUUCCAGUAAAUCUUCACGUUCCGUUUCUACAUUGAAUACUAUCCUGGAACGUUCGUCCUCACCGACUAUACUUCUGGAACUCAUCGCCCGUGGUCGUCCUGUGGGUGCCGUGGUCUCAAAGAAAUCAAGCUCGGGGAUACCAGGGGUUGAAUAUGUGCCAUCACCCCAGCGCGGCAAAUCCGGUCUUGCCUGUACAAGCGAUUCCUCAGAGCUGGAGGAUAUCAAUUUCAGAGAACUCCUCAAACGGCCCAAGAAGCAUAGCACACCUGAGCUUGACUCGGGAUCAGGAGAGGGCCGGUUCGGGUCAAGCAAAUUCCAUCGGCACAAUCGCGCUCACAAGUCCCCCCAUAGUUCAUCCGGUUCUGAAAUCGAGAUCGUGAAGCUAAAUCCAAAGCAGGCAAAUACUAGGAAAUCUGCCGCAGCUAGUUCGACGCGUCGGCCAAUUACGCGCUCUCAGUCCAGCAGUGGGGGGUCCGAAGUUGAGAUUCUCGACCGCUCUAUUACACCUGUGCGCGCUAGAAAGCAAAAAUCGCCUCCAAAUGAUGAUACUGCAGAGCGCUUGGUAGCUGCGCCGCGUCAAGUACGUAGGACUAGCUUUGAGCAUACAUCACCCCGUGCAUCAUCAGCAUCUGAAGGCGAGAGUCCUAAACUCCGUGCGCACUCGCAAAAAUCUACAGCCAGACAGCACGGUCGACAGGCUCUUGUGCCAUCUCAUCCCAGGAGCUUGGCCGGAUCGAACGUAGGACUAGCUUUGAGCAUACAUCACCCCGUGCAUCAUCACAUCUGA